CGAGCCUCUCCGCGGGCGAUUAGCUUUUUGGCCUUUUGUCUUUUUGUCCAAGCUAUUAUUUCUUUCUGAAUCAGAGCCUGUGUCUUCCGCUUGUCGUGUUGCACACGGGCAUGUUAUUUUUGUUUCGGGAGAAAUCGUGGUUGCCGACGCCAAGGAAGGUUGCCCUCUAACCAUUCAGCCUUGCUGCUACUGCAAGGACAAAUAUAGGUAGGUCCAAAGGCUGAAUUUGAACGGCAAGACUCCUAGGGCUGGGCUGUCUCCUUCCAGCUCACUUGGAUUGCAUACCUAUGUGAAAAGCCACGACUGGAGGAGGCUUCUGCAUCUGCAACAAACAUGGACUGAACGAGGACCGUGUUCAGAAACUCGAGCCUACUGCCAGUCUAGGCAUGACACUGAAGUCGGAAGCCGGCCACUGGUGCACCGGCCCAGAGUACCAACAAGACUGCCCAUGGCUGACCGGAGAUAAAUUCAUGCAAGUCACCGACCUGCUGCUGGAAAACCCGAACUUGAACUCGACGCAUCUCUUCCGUGCCGACAUACUCUAUGACAGUGCCGGGAUCCUGCAGACCGUGCAUGACCGAGAACGGCAAUGCGGGUUCACGAACGGAGAGUCUGAGUCUCUCGAUGCGGAGAGUGCACAUGAAUAUGAAGUUGUUCAAGUCGACGUCGGCGUCGACAUCGAUGCACAGGCUCCCAAGCUGGAGGGAGCCAUCCUGAAGCGAAGGGUGUUGAGGAGACUCAUCCCGCGCAAACCGCAACUCGACCGCGCCCUCGACCAAUGGUGCCAUAUCUACCAUCGUCACCAGCGACUGGCAGAAUCAGGGGCUGGAGACGAAGCGGAGAAGCGACACUCGGUGGCCACUGCCAGGAGCGACAUUAUUGUCGUCUAUAUGCCUCUAGUCGACUCUGAGGCCGACAUGCCAUGGUACCAUCCACCAGUCCAGACCCUGGCAUAUUUCUACCAGCACACCGGCACCGGUACCGACAACAAUGCAACGCUUUCAGUGCAUUUCCUGCCUUUCAAGUCCUCAAGAACAGACACAAACACAAACUCUGGCCCGACUCCUACUGCUGAUUCCCUACCCCCACGCUUACACCGCACAUUCAUAUCACUGCUUCGCACAUUUCUUCGACUCGCAAAGAACCCAGCGCCCGAAAAGCACGGUCCCAAACCCGAACCCGAUGGGAGCGUCUCCGUUUCCAUCCCCCUCUCCGCAGUAGACGCAUCUCUAGCACCCUCAGCACUCAAAGACACCAUACUGCCACAACACGUGGUUCAAAACACAUACACACGGUUAAAGCAAGAGUAUGCUCCAGACCUGAUAUCCCGAUGGGUCGAAAGCACUGAGCCGUCCAAGCAUGUCUUCGAAGACUUGUCCAUCGCCGCCUUUGUCAUUGAGCUCUGGAAGCAGAUGUACCCUGACUCUGCAAAAUUUCCGGGCUUCGUCGACCUUGCAUGCGGCAACGGCGUGCUGACAUAUAUUCUCAUCAAAGAGGGCUACCGGGGCCGCGGAUUUGACGCCCGUAAACGCAAGACGUGGCAGGUUUUGGGUAUCGACGAGUUCUUGGACGAAAUGAUUUGUGUUCCGCAGCCGUUUCUCGACCAGUACCACUAUUACAUUACAGCCACCAACACCAACGACAACGGCAGCGACAGCACCGCCGACUUGCUCAGCAAUACCAAAGUCCACAACGGCAUCUUUGAGCCUGGUAAAUUCAUCAUCUCUAAUCAUGCCGACGAACUCACGCCCUGGACACCCCUCCUGGCGGCCCUGUCAGACCCUCAAAACCCGCUUCCUUUCUUGUCUAUUCCGUGCUGCUCGCAUGCUUUUAGUGGGGCGAAACAUCGGUAUUGGCCUAGCGAAAUCAGACCGGGACCAUCAACGCAAUUACCGAACGAUGGUGACGCUGAGCCCCAACCCGAAACAGGCGAUCUAAAAGCCUUAAGAGCCGCCAAAGUCAAAGCCGCAAAUCAUACAGAUGACAAGUCAAUGUAUGCGUGUCUGACACGGAAGACUGUCGCGUUGGCUGAGGAGGUUGGCUUUCAAGUCGAGUUGACUUUGAUGAGAAUCCCAAGUACCAGAAACAUCGGCAUUGUGGGCAACAGACGAAGAGCGGCCGCCGCCACAACACCAACCCCGUCUUCGUCAUCAGAAACCAGUAAUUCUAAUGCCAAUGCUCUACGGAGCAAAAUCAGUGCCUUGUUGGAGCGCGAAUGUGCCAUGUCCGGCGGCGUAGGGGAGGCCGCCAAGACGUGGAUCGAAAGGGCGCAAAAGCUUCAGGGCGGCGUGGGACGUGGAAAGGUCAAUCUACGAGGGCAGCCUCAGCCUGCUGCUGUCGAUUGAAACGUUUUCAGCUCGUCUUUCAGGCCAGAUUUUGCCGGUCUGAUGCUAUUUCUAUCUAAUCAAUCGACCACCCACUGGCAUUCAAAACUCCUUAUGAACUACGACUCCUGGACAAACUCCGGGAAGCAGGCCGACUCGCAUCAUCAUCAUCAUCGUCCUCCUCUUCCGCAUUGGGCAAUGCAACAUUGAACACGGAUUCCGCCCACUCGGCAAACGUGUCACUGUCCCAAACGGCAUCUUCGGGACUCUUGCCCUUGCGCGAGAUCUGGCUGGCUCCGUUGACCUUGCCAUUGGCGCCUGGAGCCGAUCGACUCGUGUAACUGUCAAAGAAGGUCUCAUAGAUUUGCAGGACUUGAUCUUCCACCGCGGCCACGAGCGUUUCGCGAGUCCGCAUGUCGUCGAGGUACUGCUCCAGCUUGGCUCGAAGGAUAGGCACCUCCUUCUCAAUAUGCUUGCGGGUCGCGGAGACGGCGUCGCCAAGGGCAGCACUGUUCUUCGAAUUCUUGGCCUUGUCCACGUCCUUGGGUAGAUUCUUGGUCAUGGCCGCAGCGAAGCCGGCCGUGAAGUCGUUGAUCACGGUCCGCAGGCGCCCGUCCAACUCGACUUUGGCGUCCAGCAUGUUCUCGACCACUCGGGGAAGGAGGCCGCCUGUGCUGAAGAGCUUCAUCCAGCUUCGAGGAUUGAAUAAUCCGCCCCGCUCGCGGAUCUCGUAGAAGGUGCUUGCCACACCGGAAAAGUCAAAGGACACGUCGGGCGUGACAUAUUCAAUGUCAAACGCGACAAUCUGAGACUUCAGCAAGAGCAGAUGUCGCAAGAGAAACAGCUGGCCAUCGGCCUGGGAGGAUCGAGAGCAGAUUUGCGUCGAUGCGUGAACCAGAGAUACUGUGGUCUGGUGAACAAUCUGGUGCGCCAGAUCAUCGAAGACGGAUGAAUUGACCAGCCUAUAAAUCCUGGACAAGAGGCGUACCGCUUUCGACAGUGUCGGGUAGCAGUUCUGUAGCGCGAUGCGGCGGGAGGCCAUCGUCCAUGAAAAGGAUCCUUCUUCUCCCGAGUCUUCAUCCACAAUCUCCGGUGUCUUGGGAAGUGGUGUUAGUGGUUCACUGUUCUUCCGGCGGCCAGACAACUGCGUAGCCGAGGUUGGGGGUCUGGAAAUGAGCCUGGGAUAGUCCAGAUCUUCGGGUUUGGGCUUGAAAAGUUCAAUCUCUUCACGCAAGAUGGCCUGGGCACGAAAGACCAGUCUCGUUUGCGCAUCUUCCAAUGCCGGCUGGAUAAGGGCGGAAAAGUCUAGCUGGUUCAAGUCUGCUGGCCCGUCGUCCUCCUCGUCAUGGAGAUACCUGGUCUGCAGCAGCGUCACUAGCGAACAAAGUUUGGACAACUUGUUUUCGUGGAUAAUCCGGGGCCGUAAAUGGUCAUAAAGUGGCUCGCAUACCGACUCCAGGAAAUCAUAAAGCCCCCUGUAGCCGUGGAACCAUUCCGACCAGAGCUCAAACUCGUCAAGACAGACCCCUCGAACAUAGCUGAUGCUAGUGCGCGCAAACUGCACAAGGUCCUUGGAACUAGGUGCCUGGCUGAUUUCGGCCAGGCGCUUCCGCACAAUCGGUAGGAUGAGCCUUGCUCGACAUGAUGCGAAAGUCGUGUGCAAUUCGGUCAUCAAACUCUGGUACUCGCCUUCCGUGUCUGGGUCCGCAUCUGCCGGAGGGUUUGCGCGUUUCUGGAUCUCCAAGCCCAAUUCCUUCAUUUCAGCUGCACCAACCCGAAAUUUCGCAUACAGUAAAGCCGACAUGGUGGUGUCGUUAAGCUGCUUGGCUGCAAUCCUGCCGGCCACCUCGCUCGUCACUUCCCUCACUUCGGCCAUGAAGGUGUUCCGCACCAGCGUCAGAGCCCGUGUAAGCAGUAGCCUGUAUCGUGACCGGUAGGUCUCGGCCUCUUUAUGGUUCGGAUGCGUUUGCAUGUAGUCAAUACACUCGUCCAGCGUGAUGAGCAUAUCCGAGAAAUCCUUGCUCCUGA